GAUCACGCACGCGCGCAUAUCGGAAGAGACAAAACGGGCCAUAUUGUGUGUAUAUCCCAAGUAAAUGUGUUUAUUCUUCGUAAGCGUAAAGUCAGUCGUUUCGUGAUCGUUUUUGAUGUAAAUAUACGAAUUCCCGUUGCCGGUUUUCUUCGUUGAGGAAUCGACUAAGUGCUGUAUCUAGGAAGAUACAAGGAGUGCGUGAAUCAGAAUGGUCCAGUUCACUAAGAGACAAUGGCUCACCCUAAUUGUCAUUAGCAUUGCUGAUUUUGCAAAUGCCAUCUGCGUUUCACUGCAAGCACCUUUCUAUCCUCAAGAGGCUGAAAAGAAAGGAGCCUCACCUUCGGAAUAUGGCUUGGUCUUCGGAAUUUUCGAACUGGUGGUCUUCAUCAUUAGUCCAUUUUAUGGACAGCACCUUAAUCGAAUCGGCCCGAAGUUUUUAUUCAAUGGUGGUAUCUUGACUACAGGAACCUGUGCCAUAUUCUUCGGUUUAUUGGAUAAAGUCAACGGUCAUUAUCCCUUCAUAAUACUAUCUUUUAUGAUCAGAAUUGUGGAGGCAUUGGGAAAUGCUGCAUUCCUGACAGCUAGCUUCGCCAUUAUUGCCAAAGAGUUUCCAGACAAUGUCGCCACGACAUUUGCCAGUUUAGAAACUUUUUUCGGUUUGGGUCUCAUGGUUGGUCCCACCGUGGGAGGUGCACUUUACCAAGUUGGUGGAUAUACCACUCCAUUUGUGAUCCUUGGAUCAGCGUUAUUCUUGGCAGCUGUCAGUACUGCAUUCAUUCUACCUAUGCACAACGAUAGUGAUCGAGAUCAGAGCAAUACCGGAGGAGUGACAAAGGUCUUGAAAAUUCCUGGCGUGAUGAUUGCCUCUAUGUCAAUAAUUGCAACAAGCAUGAGUAUCGGAUUUUUGCAAGCAACUUUGGAACCGCAUCUGAGGCAAUUUAAAUUGAGUCCGGUCGUAUUAGGAUUGAUGUUUGUCAUUAACGGUGGCACAUAUGCAAUAACUGCGCCGGCCUGGGGUUGGCUUUGCGAUAAAUAUUGGCAUCCAAAGAUGGCAACCAUUGCCGGUUGCAUUCUCGUAAUAAUCAGUUUCUCUUUGGUUGGUCCGGCACCGUUUAUUCCGUGGCCUACCGUAAUCUGGAUGCCUAUCUGCGGCCUCGUGAUCCACGGCUUGGGCAUGGCUGCUCAACUGGUUGCGAGCUUCACGGAUGCCUUGCGGACAUCUAUAUCGUACGGAUUUCCAAACAAUCUUGAGACUUAUGGUCUCAUCAGUGGAUUAUGGACAAGUACUUUCGCCCUUGGUGCUUUCAUCGGCCCUAGCAUUGCUGGAAUUCUUUUGGAUAAUGUCGGUUUCAGAAACGGGUCCAUGUUUAUCGUGAUACUUCAUAUGCUAGUAGGCGCGAUAGCCACAGUAUUCCUAAGCAGCUGCUCUCGCUCACCCAAGCCAUACACCGACGUUGGCACAGUCGAGAAUCUCAGAGCACCUUUGAUGGAUAGCGUCCGAUCGGGCAGCGGCAGUUUGCAGCAAAAUGGACGGGGUCAGAGUGUGCCGAUCGAUAGGCCCAACGGCAUGAAUUCGCUCAUCGUGUGCAACAGUUAUUCGAACAGAGCGGGAGCGUGGUCUAGAGCGUCGUACAGUGGCCGCUAUUCCCAUAGCUAUGGAUCUAUAGAAAAUAAGAGAUACCUGGAGUUCGCCACGUGAUCCCGUUCGAUCACCUUUAUACGAAACAAUAACAACAACAUGAGCAGAAUAUUACUUUUGCGUCCAUCGUUCACUCUUUGACCAUCAUUCAAACAGUCUCAGUUUCCGCGACGUAUGAUUCAAUCAAAAAACGCGAGAAAUAUUUCAGA